AUGGCGACUACCUUCAAGAACAUGCUGCACCCCAUGCAACACCACCGGGAUAAGAAGGAGGCCUCUUCAACGUCGCAAUCCGGCCCGCUACACGACCGCACCGAUUCCGCCAUGGACAGGCCGCGCGAGGAAGAGAAGCAGCAGCUGGCGCAAUGGGAGGCGCAAAAGCACACACUCAGCCCUGACGAGAUUGACAUUGAUCCGGAGAAGAAGCCCGUCGGCCACUCCUCCAAGGUCCUGCGCCAGGAAGACUUUGAGCUGAUCAAGACGCUGGGCACGGGUACAUUUGCGCGCGUGUGGCUGGUGCGAUUGAAGGACGCAAAGGCGGGCGACGAGAACAAAGUCUUUGCACUGAAGAUCCUGCGCAAAGUCGAUGUCAUCCGCCUCAAGCAGGUCGAGCACGUCCGGAACGAGCGCAAUGUCCUUGCCAAAGUUGCUGGCCACCCUUUCAUAACCACCAUGGUCGCCAGCUUCCAAUCGCUGGAUUCCCUCUAUAUGGUGCUGGACUACUGCCCCGGUGGCGAAGUCUUCAGCUACUUACGGAGAGCACGGCGCUUCAACGAGCCCACCUCACAGUUCUAUGCUGCCGAAAUUGUCCUUAUACUAGAGUUUCUCCACGAGAGAGAGGGUGUUGCAUACCGCGACCUGAAGCCCGAAAACAUACUCAUAGACGCCGAGGGCCACCUGAAGUUGGUGGAUUUUGGGUUUGCUAAGAAGGUAGAGAAUAGAGAGACCUACACGCUCUGCGGUACACCCGAGUAUCUGGCACCCGAGGUCAUUCGGAACACAGGCCACGGUACGGCGGUCGAUUGGUGGGCAUUUGGUAUCCUUGUUUACGAGUUCCUCGUGGGACAACCGCCAUUCUGGGACCAAAACCCAAUGAAAAUUUACGAGCAAAUCGUAGAAGGACGUGUGCGCUUCCCUUCUGCCAUGUCCCCCACUGCACGCGACCUCAUCUCUGGCCUCUGCACAGUCGACACAUCCAAGCGACUGGGUAAUGUUGCAGGCGGCGCUCAACGCGUAAAACAACACGAGUGGUUUAAAAACAUUGACUGGCAAAAACUGUACAACCGUGAAGUUCAAGGACCUAUUGUACCUCACCUGAGGGGACCCGCCGAUACACGCAACUUUGAUGAAUACGAACCCGAGUCGGAGAAGAGAGAUCCAUAUACCAAGGAAAUGAGCGAUAAGUGGGAGGAGAGCUUCAAAGACUUUUAG